GCUCCUCAGAGUGUUCUGCGCCCAGGGCCCUGCCAGAGCUGCUCCCACAGCCUCCGGGAGCCUCUCCCACCGCUGCUCACGCCUCCCCCACCAGCCAGCUUCCCAGAGCAGGCAGUUGCAUCGGCUAUCCCCAGGCGGCCAGGCUCCGGGCGGGGCCUUCGCCGCUGCUGUGCUUUGACCAAGAUGUGGUAAGCUCUCUCCCUGAACCCCACACGCCCUUUAGAAGGGAGGCUGGUUCGAGCCAGGAGCCCGCUGGAAGAGUUCAUCCUUUCACUUCUGGAGAAGAUGCAGGCGCAGGAGAUCCUGAGAAUGCUACGGCUGCCCGAGCUGGGUGACCUGGGCCAGUUUUUCCGCAGCCUCUCAGCCACCACCCUUGUGGGUAUGGGGGCUCUGGCCGCCAUCCUCGCCUACUGGUUCACACACCGGCCAAAGGCCUUACAACCACCAUGCAACCUCCUGAUGCAGUCAGAGGAAGUGGAGGACAGUGGUGGGGCCCGGCGAUCUGUCAUCGGGGAUGGCCCUCAGUUGCUCACCCACUACUAUGAUGAUGCCAGGACAAUGUAUCAGGUGUUCCGCCGUGGGCUUAGCAUCUCAGGGAAUGGACCCUGUCUUGGCUUCAGGAAGCCCAAGCAGCCCUAUCAGUGGCUGUCAUACCAGGAGGUGGCUGACAGGGCUGAAUUUCUAGGGUCCGGACUUCUCCAACACAAUUGUAAAGCAUGUACAGAUCAGUUUAUCGGCGUUUUUGCACAAAAUCGGCCAGAGUGGAUCAUCGCAGAGCUUGCCUGCUACACCUACUCCAUGGUGGUGGUCCCGCUCUAUGACACCCUGGGCCCCGGGGCCAUUCGCUACAUCAUCAACACGGCUGACAUCAGCACUGUGAUUGUGGACCAGCCUCAGAAGGCCGUGCUUCUGCUGGAGCACGUGGAGAGGAAGGAGACCCCGGGGCUGAAGCUCAUCAUCCUCAUGGAGCACUUUGAGGAAGUCCUGAGAGACAGAGGGCAGGAGUGUGGGGUGGCCAUCACAUCCAUGCAGUCUGUGGAGGACUGUGGCCAACAGAAUCAUCAUGCUCCUGUGCCCCCGAAGCCCAGUGACCUCUCCAUCGUGUGUUUCACAAGCGGCACGACAGGGAACCCAAAAGGUGCGAUGCUCACCCACGGGAACGUGGUGGCUGAUUUCUCAGGCUUUCUGAAGGUGACAGAGAAAGUGAUCUUUCCGAGACAGGACGAUGUGCUCGUCUCCUUCCUGCCUCUGGCUCACAUGUUUGAGAGAGUGAUCCAGUCUGUCGUCUACUGCCACGGAGGGCGCGUAGGCUUCUUCCAAGGGGACAUCCGCCUCCUCUCGGAUGACAUGAAGGCUCUCUGCCCGACAAUCUUCCCUGUGGUCCCACGGCUGCUGAACCGGAUGUACGACAAGAUCUUCAGCCAAGCAGACACGCCAUUAAAGCGCUGGCUCCUGGAGUUUGCAGCAAAACGUAAGCAGGCUGAGGUCCGGAGUGGAAUCAUCAGGAAUGACAGUAUCUGGGACGAACUCUUCUUUAAUAAGAUUCAGGCCAGUCUUGGAGGGUGUGUGCGGAUGAUCGUUACUGGAGCAGCCCCCGCAUCACCAGCCGUCCUGGGAUUCCUCCGGGCGGCUCUGGGGUGCCAGGUUUAUGAAGGUUAUGGCCAAACCGAGUGCACGGCGGGAUGUACGUUCACCACGCCUGGAGACUGGACCUCAGGGCAUGUAGGGGCACCGCUGCCCUGCAAUCAUAUCAAGCUCAUCGAUGUCGAGGAACUGAACUAUUGGACCUGCAAAGGAGAGGGAGAGAUAUGUGUGAGAGGACCAAACGUGUUCAAAGGUUACCUGAAAGAUCCAGCCAGGACAAAGGAGGCCCUGGACUGCGACGGCUGGCUUCACACCGGAGACAUCGGGAAAUGGCUGCCGGCGGGAACUCUUAAAAUUAUUGAUCGGAAGAAGCAUAUAUUUAAACUUGCUCAGGGAGAGUAUGUUGCUCCAGAGAAGAUUGAGAACAUCUAUAUCCGGAGCGAGCCUGUGGCGCAAAUCUAUGUCCACGGGGACAGCUUAAAGGCCUUUUUGGUGGGCAUUGUCGUGCCUGACCCUGAAGUCAUGCCCUCCUGGGCCCAGAAGAGAGGAAUCGAAGGGACAUAUGCAGAGCUCUGUGCUAAUAAGGAGCUGAAGAAAGCCUUCUUGGAAGAUUUGGUGAGGUUAGGCAAAGAAAGUGGACUCCAUUCUUUUGAACAGGUUAAAGCCAUUCACAUCCACUCUGACAUGUUCUCAGUUCAAAAUGGCUUGCUGACACCAACACUCAAGGCCAAGAGACCUGAGCUGAGAGAGUACUUCAAAAAGCAGAUAGAAGAGCUUUACUCAGUCUCCAUGUGAAGUUCAAGGAAAGUGCUUCUCAGCAUAAUGGACUGUGUAGCGAUACUAUAGUUAUUCUUGAAAGUAAUGAAUCAGAAUGAUGCAGCUGAAAAAGAAUGAGCACGUGACCUUAAGACUGAGCCUUUUCCUGUCCCAAGAUGUCUUUAACAAUAUUUUCUCUAUCAUCACCGAGUACACUUUAUUUUUUAUUAAAAUGACAUUGUAACAAGCUGCUAAAAAUAUCACAAUGGCAAUGUAAAAAUCAAGACUCUUCUCAAGAACUGUGUAUCACUAAAAGUAAUAUAUUCUCAAUGUUCACAGAACUCCUAUUAAACAUAAAGGAAAAACAUAACUGAUAUACUGUACUUAAUUUGUGGAAUAGUAACCAGAAACAGCAAAUAGCUAGGGCAAUGUGGACUACCUCAUUCAGAAACUGACUGUCAAAAUCCCAAUGAAAUCAGACUUAAAAAAUUAAAACUAGGUGGACAGAAUCAUGCUGAAACAAAGCAUAACUCACUUCUACAUAUCGUCAGACUCUCUCAACAUGACAAUCCUUAUUGAUGUGAAAGUUUUCUAAUUUUUACUUUUAUUCAUGAAAAAUGCAAAUUAAGAUAUUCUUAAAAGAAAUGUUAUAUUUACAUAACAAUCCACAAAUAACUUUCAGUAAAUUUUCUCAUUUGUUAAGCCCAUUAAAAUAUUCAGGAGCUGCCUAAAAAAAUGCAAUAUGUAACUACUUCAAGGGUAGUGUGUGAAUAUUCAUGGACUUCUUACCACAUGAAUUCUAAAACAUAUCUGUUGACUCUACAAUGUAGGGACCUUUGGGGAAGACUUUGGAGAAAAAAAACCAGAAUUAUUUCUCAGGGUGGGCAGCAAUUAAUGUACCUAUGUUCCUUGCUGGCUUCUUCCAAUCUUCCAUUCUCAAUAUGACCAUGCCAGGCCUGGGAAACGUAGUAUGGCUAUAAUUCUGAACAAUGUCACUUUCUUUCAAUAAGACUAUCAAGGCAGGAUGUAGGGAGGAGGGGAGGCUAAUUACAAAUAAAAUAAUUUUUCAACAGCAUAAUUUUGAAGAACCUCUUCAAAAUACCCCUAGAGAACUGUUUUAAGUCCACCACAGAGAAAUAUCUCCUUAAGGAUAAUACCAUUCAUAAAAUUUUUAAAUACUUCUAAGCUUAACCUUGGAAGCAUCCCCUCUUGCAUUAUGUGUUUAGACAUAUUUCAUAUAAUCAAAGCCCAGCAUAGACAGCAAUCAAGUUCCAAGCUACAGACCACACUUCUACAGAAGAACCAUCCACGAGUGUUUUCUUCUGUAGAGAAGGGGUCAGUGUUCACAGCCCAGACAUUCCUUUCCCCUGAAGAAAAUUCAAACUUAAAUAAAUUGUAUUGAUUAAAAACUACAUAAUCACAGUCUUACUACUGGAUGAAUCUGCAUAUACAGUUACAUUCAGGCUUGGCAAAAGUGGACCCAGGCUUCACUUGAUGUAUUUAUGCAAUCUUUUACAUAUUCAUUUGUUGUAUUCUCUCUGUAGACCCAAUGCUUACACUUAGAAAUUUGUCUUUUAGUAAAUGAGCUAGUUCUAUUCACAAUGUUUUUUAAAGGCAUUUCUGAAUAAACAAAUUCUGCAAAUGUCCAAGGCUACAUCGAUAUAGCAUUAAUUUUUUUAUAUUUAAUAUAUAUAUGAUUAAAUAAAAGAGAAAAUCAUACCUAAAUUGGAUAUACAUAAUGUUUUAAAGGCAAGUUGCUUCAUAUUUUGAAGAAAAAUGAAGCUGUUUUCCAUUGUCCUUCCAUCCAACUACAAUUUCAUAAUUUGUUUCCAAAAGGAUUUUGAACAAUGUAAUAUAAGCAAAUAAAUUAAAACUUAUUUUGAUUCUAUUUAUACCUCAGUAGUUAGAUAAGAUUGAUUAUGGACAACUUCAGUUUUUUUUCUCACUUUAAAGAUCUUGUUUCUAUUAACUUUCCUAUCUUUUAUGCAAAAAUCAUCACACUUGGGCCAAUAAAUAGGUCACUGCAGAUGUGCUGAGAAGAGUAAACAGUGGACAUUAACUAUUUUACAUGUACAUGUAUCUAAUCCUCUGUUCAACUUCACUGAUUUUUUUUAAUAAAAGAGAAGUGAAACAAUAUGUAUUAAUGGAAAAAUCCUUAUUUCAGAUUUCCCAACUUUACUUUGGUGGAAAAAAAGUUUGUAUUUCUCUCUAACCAAUAUAGAAAAGUCUAUGUACUUUCAGAUGUUUAUCAUCAUGGACAUCAGAUCUGAUUUAAGUCUAGAGGUAUAACAGACCAAUUACUUAAGCAUAAGUAUGUUCUUGGGUUAAAUGUUUGGCUAUUUACUUGAAAUGUGUUAGUAAUUCUCACAUUUUACAAACUAAUCUCAUGUAUGUUAUAAAAUAGAAUAAACACUAAUAUUUUUUCCUUUUGCCAUAAAAGACAUCUUUAUAUUGUGAUUCCCCUCCAGGUAAGAGAGGAAACUGACCAGGUGUGCAGAGGCCUAGCUCCAUGUAUUAGAAACUCACAAACUGAGAAGUCCAAGAAAUAAACAUCCAUGACUCUUUCAUAUGAACAAGUAGACCCUUUCAUUCUAAAUUUAGGUAAAACUGCAAGCAUGAGAAAAGGUAAAACUGGAAAUUGCAGUUUUUGUAGUCGUAAUGUUUUAGUAAUGAAGCCAGCACUUAAUUUGAUUGGAUUACCCAUCAAAGAACCAAUAAUCUUUUAUUUUUCUGCAGUAAAGAAAAUGAAUUAUUAUUUUCUCAGAUGUAUAAAGCACAAAUGUGAUAUAGUUAUUUAGAAUAAAAAAUAUUAUUAAAUGAAUGUAAAGAAUGGAAACAUUUAUUUUUGCAUGACAACAGACUGCUUACAAACUUGCUUACUAUCUCAGGAAAAAAAGAACAAAUAAUCAUGUAUAAAACUGAUAAACUGUAUGUUGAGCUAAGUUGCUAUCUUUUCUUGCCUAUUUCUAAGAAAGCAUAUACAUGAAAAGAAAUCAAAGGUCCUGGUAGUCCGAAUUUUUGGUCAAGUAUGCUGCACAGUCCUUUCUGUGAAUCUACAAUUAAUUGCAGCAAGAAUGGGAGAUUAGCAUUCAAGUGAGGACAAAGCCCUAAAUGAGAAACUCUUCAGUUAGAAUGCAUGAAUGGUUAUAACUCAGAGGCAAUAGAUAAAUACCUGGAAUGCAAGCAUUUCUAAACUUAGUCCCACACUGAAAAGGUUUUCAUGAGGUAACAGUGGCUUUUAAACAUUCAUUUGACUGAUUAAUUUUCCUUGUUAAGUCAUGGCAACAAUUGCAUGGGGGAAAGGUGGACAUUUUUUGAAGAACUGCUUAUUCUUUCAGUCUUUAACAAAUGAUACUACCUUUUAAAUAUGCUUAAAAGUAUCUUAAUUGUAAUUAUAUUUUUAGUUGCUUUGUUAUAACAGCAUGCAUAUCAAAUAUAAAAUGCAUUUAUGAAAACUUUUGUAAACAAUAAAGAUUUUUCAUUUGUCAAA